CUUUAAGAAGCGCGCGUCGUUUGAUGACGUGAAUGUCGCGCGCCCACAAUGUGUGGAGACGCUCCACGUGGUGCUGAGACGGAAGUUACACUGGGUGAGAGCAGAGUGGGUUGAACGCAACUAAAGGAUGUCGUUCAGAGGGAGAGGAGGCUUUAACAGAGGAGGAGGAGGAGGAAGGGGCGGUGGUGGUUAUGGAGGAAGAGGAGGUGGCCGUGGAGGUUAUGGACAGGGUGGUGGACGAGGUGGGUUUGGAAGAGGAGGAGGACGUGGAGGCUUCAACAGAGGAUAUGACCAAGGACCUCCUGAGAGUGUUGUUGAGGUUGGGGAGUUUAUGCAUCCGUGCGAAGAUGAUGUGGUGUGUAAAUGCAUUACACAGGAAAACAGAGUGCCUUAUUUUAAUGCCCCGAUAUACCUUGAGAAUAAAGAGCAGAUUGGAAAAGUGGAUGAGAUAUUUGGGCAGCUAAGAGACUUUUAUUUUUCUGUUAAACUCUCUGAAAACAUGAAAGCAUCUUCAUUUAAGAAAUUACAAAAGUUUUUCAUUGAUCCAGCAAAGCUGCUUCCACUACAAAGAUUUCUGCCUCGGCCUCCUGGUGAGAAAGGUCCUCCCAGAGGAGGUGGUCGAGGUGCAGGAAGAGGUGGAGGGCGUGGCAGAGGAGGAGGUGGCUUCAGAGGUGGAAGAGGUGGUGGAUUUGGAGGUGGAAGAGGCGGUGGAUUUGGAGGUGGAAGAGGUGGUGGAUUUGGAGGUGGAAGAGGUGGUGGAGGUGGUUUCCGAGGAAACCGCGGUGGAGGACGUGGCUUUCGAGGAGGACAUUAGAUUGCUGUUAAUCCUUUACCUGCAUGACCGCCUCUUGAUUUCCUAUCAUUUGGAAUAAAGUUGGAGUUAAUGGCCACGUUCUAUUUUAUUUUUGAAAUGAGACUUGCUGUUCAGCAUUGCCAGUAUAAUCAGAAAGAGGACUCUGCAGCAAUGUUGGAGAUCUACUUACCUAGACAACAUCAUUGAGAAGAUUUGUGGACCAGAAUCUGUUUUUAUGUCUGCUGACUUGAAAUCCCUUUCUUAUAAUAAUUGGACUGGGUAGGGUGUUUCCCAGCAAAGUACUGUAUUAUUGUGAUUGUAACACCACACAGAAGAACAUAUAGGAUUAAGCUAUUUGCCAGAUGCACAAGUAGCAUUGCUCCCGAUGUGCUGAUUAGGAUAUCUGCAUAAAAUGUGCCUGUGUGUAUACCUCAAUAAAUGUUCAGCCCAAAA